CUCGGCUUGCAGAGCUGCACGCGCGUUCAGCCACACAAAGGGGGAGUGUGUGUGUGUGUGAGCGCGGACUGUACCAUUGUGCCCAUCGCGCAGGAGGCGCCGCGGUGUGACGGGCCGGUUACAGAGGAUCCCUGGCCGCGGCUGGUGGCGGAGAAAUCACCGGGCUGCCCUCCGUGUGGCCGUGCUCCCGCCCUCGGUGCUCCCGGGGUCCCUGCAGUGAGCGGUGCCGGGCCGGCAUUGAGCUGCCCCUGCCCCUCCCCCGCCGCCUCCCGCUGCAAUAUGUUCAAGAGGAUGGCUGAAUUCGGCCCGGAUUCGGGAGGGAGAGUGAAGGUGAAGGAGAGGGGGAGCUGGGAGCCGGUCUGCGGGCUUGGGGGGCGGUGUGUCCGGCCGGACUUGGUCUCCCUGCUCUCUGGGCUGUGUGUGGGGCCCGUCCUGUCACUUUAACACCGAUUAAUCGCCAUUUACUUACUUUAUAGCCGCCCAUACAGGGGCCAUUACAGGAAACCCCAUUCACUACACCGGGGAUUGGGAGAAUCCGAGCGAAUAACGUGUCUAAAGGCAAAGUUCCAAAACAGAAUGAUUCUGGGAAUUGGGGGAAUCCGAGCGAAUAACGUGUCUAAAGGCAAAGUUCCAAAACAGAAUGAUUCUGGGAAUUGGGGGAAUCCGAGCGAAUAACGUGUCUAAAGGCAAAGUUCCAAAACAGAAUGAUUCUGGGAAUUGGGGGAAUCCGAGCGAAUUCCGUGUCUAAAGGCAAAGUUCCAAAACAGAAUGAUUCUGGGAAUUGGGGGAAUCCGAGCGAAUAACGUGUCUAAAGGCAAAGUUCCAAAACAGAAUGAUUCUGGGAAUUGGGGGAAUCCGAGCGAAUAACGUGUCUAAAGGCAAAGUUCCAAAACAGAAUGAUUCUAGGAAUUGGGGGAAUCCGAGCGAAUAACGUGUCUAAAGGCAAAGUUCCAAAACAGAAUGAUUCUAGGAAUUGGGGGAAUCCGAGCGAAUAACGUGUCUAAAGGCAAAGUUCCAAAACAGAAUGAUUCUGGGAAUUGGGGGAAUCCGAGCGAAUUCCGUGUCUAAAGGCAAAGUUCCAAAAAAGAAUGAUUCUGGGAAUUGGGGGAAUCCGAGCGAAUAACGUGUCUAAAGGCAAAGUUCCAAAACAGAAUGAUUCUAGGAAUUGGGGGAAUCCGAGCGAAGCGCAAAGUUCCAAAACGAAUGAUUCUAAAGGCAAAGUUCCAAAACAGAAUGAUUCUAGGAAUUGGGGGAAUCCAAGCGAAUUCCAUGCCUAAAGGCAAAGUUCCAAAACAGAAUGAUUCUGGGAAUUGGGGGAAUCCGAGCGAAUAACGUGUCUAAAGGCAAAGUUCGAAAACCGAAUGAUUGGGGGAAUCUGAGCGAAUUCCAUGUCUAAAGGCAAAGUUCCAAAACCGAAUGAUUCUGGGAAUUGGGUGAAUCCUACCGAAUAACAUGUCUAAAGGCAAAGUUCCAAAACUGAAUGAUUCUGGGAAUUGGGUGAAUCCUACCGAAUAACAUGUCUAAAGGCAAAGUUCCAAAACAGAAUGAUUUAAAAAAAACAAUCAAAAAAUAAUAAUUAUAGAAAUUCCCCCAAUUUGGAUCAUUUUGGACCGAAGUUUGCAGUGUAUAUAUUAUAAAGCCUGUGUGUUAGUAUGUGGGGGUUUGUUGUAUCAGGAUUUUAUAAAAAAAUAUAGUGUAUUCAGGGUUAUUCACUAAAGUGAGAAUUCACAGAAAUAAUCAAAAUAGUUAAUUUGGGAAGAGUUCUCUCUGCUUCCAUUUUGGCUACUUUUUUUUAAAAUUCACUUUUGAAUUCUCUCUUUUUAGUGAAUAAUCCCGGAUAUAUUUUUAAUGUUCGCCACGCUGAUAGAUUAAUGUUACUAGGUUAACCAGAAAGGAUAUUCGCUAAAGGGAAAACUUGCCUGGAAUUCAAAGGAAAUUUCAGAUUUAAAGCCGAAAUAGACAAACCGAAAAACAAGAUUAUUUAUAAUUAGGCUAUUUUGGGCUAUAUAUUUAUUUUUUUUAUUCCGUUUUUAUUCUCCGCACACAUCAUAGGUUUGUGUUGGUGGGCAACACGUUAAAAGUACAACCGCAAAGUAUUUUAAAUUCAUGUGACGCAGUAUUGAAAGUGAUUAAAGAUGACAGAUUUGGGGAUAUUUAUUCUUUAUCAAUUCUAUUGAACCACUUUUUGCAUCAUAUGGAAUGUACGUGUUUCAUGUACUGCCUGUCAUCAGCUUGUAGAAAUGGCAUGCCUCCACUGUAUUUAAUAUUCUCCUGUAUGAGCAAUGGGUUAUCUCUAUAGACUAAACAGCUGUUCCCAAACCUAAUGUUUUUUUUUUUUUUUUUUUUUUAAAUCUGUCCCUCUAAAUUGUUCUGCUUUUGUUAAAGGAGUGGGACAUUCCAUUUUGGUGUAGGAUCUUUAACGGCUAGUUUAUGGCCUAUUGUAUCACUAGUCUUUAACCCCUUAAGGACACAUGACAUGUGUGACAUGUCAUGAUUCCAUUUUGUUCCAGAAGUUUGGUCCUUAAGGGGUUAAAGUUUCAUGAUUGAAAUAUUUAGUGGGGUGAGGUAUGAGGUGCCAAAAAUAAUUUUUCCAUGGGUUUGUGUGCAUGUAAUCUGAGUUCAAGGAAGCAUAAGGCAUUUGCGAUCUGUGGAGACAGCAUACCGUUACAUAUUUUUGUAAAUCCAAAUAAAAUUUAGUUGGCCAAUUGAAUAUGCCCUUCCCACUAAAGUGUCAAUGCCUUAAAAUUGAGAAUAAAAUAGAAAAUAGUUACAUGGUAUAAAUAGAGGCAAACUAACUAUUUAAAUAAGUAUAGUAGUUUGUUUGGUAAGGGAAUUUAAAUAAUUGGGCAACUAAAAAUAAAAUAAAUUCUGUACAAAGCAAACUAAUAACACUGGGUCACUAUAUGUAAAAAUGGACAAUUGUAGUGAAAAUAUUUGGGUUGUAUGUGACAUUUACAGUUAUGCACUGGGGCCUGCAAUAUAGAUCAGACUAUGACCAUCUCAUGUCAUUUAAUUAUACUCCCAGGAAAAUAAAUCAUUCUAUAAGCACAACUUCCUUUUUCCCCAUUUUAAAUAACAUUUGGAAGAUAAGUUAAUCCCUGAUCAAUUUUAUUUAUUUUUUAAAUUUAUUUAUUUAUUAUUAUUUUUUUUUUUUUAGGGUGUUACGAUUGUGAAACCCAUAGUUUAUGGAAAUGUGGCACGUUAUUUUGGGAAGAAAAGGGAAGAAGAUGGACAUACUCAUCAGUGGACUGUUUAUGUCAAACCGUAUCGCAAUGAGGUACUUGGUUACCAGCAAUAGCGGACACCCACGUUGUUAUUCUUGGUUACUUUUUAAUAACAAAGUAAUGUAUAUGUUUUAGAUUCCAAAUAAUACUUCAUGGAGAUUUAAAUUGCUCCUUACUGAGAUUCUGAUUUCUGAUCAUUGCUUUGUUUAAACAUGUUCCUCACAGAAGGCACAUGUAGUUGGAUUAAUUUAAUAUACAGAAUAUGUUGGUGCUUUAGAAUUCGUAUAGGGUUAUGGUAUACCUUUUAGAUAUGGAUCAUCUUACUGCUUUAUGUCUGGGGGGAGGGAGAAAUAUAAGUAAUUAUCUAGCAAAUAUAUGUAAUGUACAUAUUGGUUAAAGCUUGCUUACUGGAGAAUAAUGGUUUCUGUUUUCAAUCAUAAUUUAGGAUAUGUCUGCUUAUGUGAAAAAAAUCCAGUUUAAGUUGCACGAGAGCUAUGGAAAUCCUUUAAGAGGUAAUGGUUUACUUUUUUGGGUACUAUGUUAUGCAUGUCAUGGAUUUUCUAGUUGUUUUGUAGUGAUAUUUGCACACACUAUAUGGUCAUUCAUUUGGGAUUUGGUCCAUUUCCCAACUGGCUUUGAGUUCAAAACUGAUUUUUUUUUUUAUUUUCCUUUCUUUUAUGUCUUUUAGUUGUUACCAAGCCACCAUACGAAAUUACAGAAACUGGAUGGGGUGAAUUUGAAAUAAUCAUAAAAAUAUUUUUUAUAGAUCCGAAUGAAAGACCGGUAAGUAUCUGAUCUUACAUUUUCUUUCAACCUUUUAUAUUUGUUGGUUCCACUUGUGACGUUGUGCUGCAAAAUGUCAAUGUCCCCUUUUCUUCAUUGAAGUGGUUUUUAUAUUCAUGAAGAAUGAUAUUGCAAAGUAUGCAGUGACACAAUUUUCAAUGUGACCUGUGCACAUGAUUAUGAUUUUGCAAAUAUGUAUUUGAUAAUUUUAAAACUCCUGAUUUUUAUUUCUCUGCUAAACUGAAAUUAUAACUGUAAUUCUUUUGCGACAGACAGGGAAUUUCACUAUGGAAUGCUGCCAGAUGUUUUUGACAUAUUGGCAUCUACGUCUGUGAUCGUAGAUUCAAAAAAGUGUUUCCCAUUUGUAAUCACACAGAUUUAUGUUUUAUCCUCCCUUAGGUUACUUUGUACCAUCUGUUGAAGCUAUUUCAAUCAGACACAAAUGCCAUGUUGGGAAAGAAGACUGUGGUUUCAGAGUUUUAUGAUGAAAUGGUAAGAACCUUUCAUUACACUGCUGCUGGGUCUGUCUGUCAUGGCCAGGAAUAAUGUACAUAGGACCUCACAUAGUUGGCUGGCUUUGUAUUUUUUUUUUUCUUUAACAUAAUCUUAUUUAUAAAAUAUUUUACCAGGAAGGAUACAUUGAGAUUCCUCUCGUUUUCCAGUAUGUCCUGGAGCCACAAAACAUUGCAUUGUUACAAUAGGGUACAAUAUGUUUAACAUUUUACUAGAAAAAAACAAUUCAAAAAGAGAAACUAUCUCUAGCUAUUUAAUAUUUUGGGAUCUGGCUAAGCUUUAAUCUUUACACUUAAGAUCCCAGUUGUUUUGACAACUAACAAACAAAUACUCACCUUUGCCAAUUUCACUAAAAAUACAUUUAAAAUAAAAAAAAAAAUAGGUAGUGAGCUAUAUUCUUUAGCUGAGUAUUUCCUCUCAAGUCAUGAAGAAGCUUGCAGGGACUCUGGAGGUUACAGGGCCAGACAUUCUGCCACUAAUGUGAUGUGAAACCUCUCUACAGAGGUAUGGCUACUUUUUCUAUAGUGGAUGAAACACAGACUGGUGUAGCUGUUCACACACUAGGCAGCAACGAUGGGCCUUCCUCUACUUUCUGGUAGGGGGUUGCAGCCUAGUAAUAAAAGAGGGAGUGGAGAUGGAGGGCAGGGGCAUGUGUCACACUGAUUGUAAAAGAUUCUUCGAAAAAAAAAAAAAAAAUGUUUAAACCUUCUAUCAUAUAUACACACACAUUAUAAUUUUUAUUUAUUUUAAAUAGAUAUUCCAGGACCCUACAGCUAUGAUGCAGCAGCUUUUAACAACAUCUCGCCAGUUAACACUUGGUGCAUAUAAGCAUGAAACCGAAUGUAAGUAUCCCAGCGCAGUGUGAGUGGACCUCACAGCACUCUAUAUACUGGAUAUUACACAUUUGAAGAUCAGAUUGUUUUAGAUUGAUGCGUCUUAAUUGUAUUUAAGCCGUAUAACUGCAUCUCAACUUUCAGUAUUAUAGCCUGAUUAUCAUUUAGCAAGGUACAUAUGAGUUGAAAUUUUUUUGUAAAUUUUUUUAUUUUUUUAAAUCUCAUCCUGCCAUGCAAUGAAACCUGUACAGUGACUGAGUACCCAGCUAUACAUUGCAUCAUUACAGAUGCAACAGGGUAGGAAACCAGUUACUCCUAUAGCAAUAAAUCAACCCCAUAACUAUUCCCGGAGGUUUUCAUAAUGAUCAGUUUACUACUUCUGCUUCUUAUUAAGUAUGUGGUGGAUAGCCUUAUUUGUGCUAACCAGGCUAAUCCUGGUCCUGUUCCUCUAGGAUCAAAAGCUCGCUUAUCUAGAGUAUUUCCCUCGUCCGUCCGUGAUACUAUCAGUGGUGUAUCCUGGUUUUGUGCUGCCCCCCCCUCUGCCCCGCAUGCUAAAUACACACACUCACACUUUUUUUAUUUUUAUUUUUUUUAUUUAACCCCCUCCUCCCCCAGCCUCUUUACCUUUAGGAAUGCUAGGGGGGUUUCUCUUUCUCCCUGGGAUCUAGUGGGGCUGCUUGGCAGACGGCGCUGGCGAGGGAGCACUAAUUAGUGAGCUCUGAGCUCCCUCGCGCGCCGCAGAAUGAUGCCGGUUUAUGACGUCAUAUUCCGGCUCCCAGCAUCACUCUGCGGCGAGCAGACAGCUCAGGGAAAAGUGCUCCCUCGCCAGCGCCGCCCAUCUGACCGGUCAGUUAGCCACAAGGCUAACAAGAUGUUUGCUUUUUUUGCCGCCCCCUGGAAAAUGCCGCUCAAGGCAAAUGCCUUGUUUGCCUCACGGCUAAUACGUCCCUGGAUACUAUCCAUGUAAAAUGGCUGGGUGAGCUUUAUUUAACCAUAUAAUUUGGCAUAACUAAUUAGACAUUAAGUUUAAAUCUCAGCUGCCUUACUGCCGAAAGGCGUGGAUCGAUCAAUCAGUAAUGCUGCAGUGAACAUAGCUUGGAAACAUUUACAAUAAGCAUAGGUACAAUUUCCUUACUCUUAAUUUCUUUAGUACCACACUGCACUUUGUCUGGAAGCUCAUCGUUAUAACUAAUUUAUCUGUUGCAGUUUGUCUAAGGUUAGAAGGAAUUUAUUAAAGGGAAGUUGAACAUUCAGUAAAGUAGGAACUGUGCAGAAUUAAGAGGGAUCUUGUAUAUUUUAAGACAAAACAGGUUUUUGAAUGGGCUAAAAAAAUUUGUGGCAAAAUUAUUUAUUUUGGUUUUUCCUCCAAACACUUUAUAAUUAUUGUUUUCUCAGCUGUUCCUGGUUUAAUGACUACAUUCUACUUGUUCUAUUACUGAUUGACUUUUCAAUUCCUUCUAGUUUCAGAGCUAGAAUCCAAAACGAAAGAGAAAGUGGAAAAUGCCAAGAAAAAGACUAGUUUUGAAAUCUCUGAGCUGAAGGAAAGGCUAAAAUCAAGUCGAGAAACUAUAAACAGUUUGAAAAAUGAAAUAAAAAAACUAGAAGACGAUGAUCAGACUAAAGAUAUAUGAUGAAUGUUUUGUGGUAAACCAGCUGCCAUGACACCUUUUUGAAUUGUUUUACUACAAACCUGUAAAUAUUGUAUGUAUUGGUUUUGUUAAUAUUUGUUUGAAGCCAGCAAUGUGUGUUUUUUCUUUAAUAGGGACACCCUAUAUCGAAGCAAAUAAAGUGCUUUUUAUAGUUCUGUGGUA